AUGUUCCUGGCAGAAGAAGGCGAGAAGACGAGAAGAACAGAGGGAGCCACUGCAGAGCGUGGCGCACGCAGUCAACACGUGGGGAAUUUAUCAGGCGGAGCCACUCCGGCUCAAACCCGCGUCCUAUCCCCCAACUCCACGAUCUCUCACCCCUCUACCCGAUCUCAACGAAAAAUGGCUGGAGCUCGUGGAUGUUUCAACUGUGGUGGCUUCGGUCACCAGGCGGCCAACUGCCCCAAGGCCGGUACCCCCACCUGCUACAACUGCGGCAUGGAGGGCCACGUCUCCCGCGACUGCACGCAAGAGCAGAAGGCCAAGUCAUGCUACCGCUGCGGCCAGGAGGGCCACAUCUCCCGUGACUGCACUGAGAGCGCAAACACGUCGAGUGGCGCGUUCGGCUCGAGCUCUGGCGGCGCGAGCAGCGGCACCGAGUGCUACCGCUGCGGCAAGGUCGGCCACAUCGCUCGCUCCUGCCCUGAGGCGCCUGGCGGUGGCUCGUCUGCCCGUGGCGGCCGCGAUGGUGGCAACUUCUCCGCCUUCGGCAACAACUCUGGCAAGACUUGCUACACCUGCGGUGGUGUGGGCCACUUGUCCCGUGAUUGCGUGCAGGGCUCCAAGUGCUACAACUGCUCGGGCGUUGGCCACAUCAGCCGCGACUGCCCGCAGCCCCAGCGCCGCGCGUGCUACACUUGCGGCUCUGAGGGCCACAUCUCGCGCGACUGCCCCGGCGCCGGCGCGGACGAGGCUGCACCCGCUGCUUGA